UAAACACUAUUUGGCGACGUAAACGCAAUGUGGAUGUGAAGAAAAUGAGUAGCAAGCAUAUACUUAAGUCAACAUUAUCGCCGCGCGCUUCACGUCGUCCCACAGGUCGUUCACGUUCAUUCUGUGUUGCGCCUGAUGCUAAUCAAGCAUCCAAUGAUCCAACCGCAUUUAAUAAUUAUCUAUCCCUACAUAAUAUACCAAUACAUACCAUACAUGGGAAUGAAGCAUUGGAUAACAUAUCGAAAAUUACGAGUUUCAGCGGCACUACAACAAAUACUUGCGAUUCAAUGCCUUAUAGCAAGCGUGAUCUAAUCAAUAUGGAAACUGGAGAAGCAGGCCAAAAUAACGGUUGGACUACACUAACUCCUCAAGAAAUAUCCAUGUGGAUCGAUAAGAAGAGGUUACAGAAUUCGUAGAAGAUGUAUUCAUUGGCGCUCAUUUGCAGGUGCGUGCUAAAAGACUAUAUUGCCUAUAUUAAACUUCAUUUCACUCAUUUAUUUUACUGAUGCUAUGAUUGAGUUUUAGCGGACAUUGUUUACUAUGAGUUACAUAAACUUCUAGUGGUUGGUACAUAUCUUUAUAUUUAAGCAAUUGUGAUUUUAAUGCAUUUGAAGAACGUUGUGAUGUUAGUUGUUGACUUGAUUUUUAGAUUUUAAUGUAAAAGAUAUGAUACAAUUUUAUUUAUUUUCAUGUAAAAGCCUGUAUU